CUAAUUUUUUCAGUUGCUUAAUUAAUUUGUUAUAUAAUUGGCCAAAAGGAAAAAGACUACUUAAGUACAUGAUCAUCGUAUUAAUUAGUAAUAUAUAAUUAAUGACAGCAAGUAUUCAAAUGCAAUAUGUUGUCUGGCUUUCCAAAGCUGCCGGCUUCUCAUUUCUUGGUAUCACAUAUUUGUUCUUUGCUUCACAACAUAUUCUUGAGCUGAUUAUAUAAUUUCCUGGAUCAUAGUGUCUCUCAUUGAUCAUUACACUCACGAAAGAACAACAUGGAGGGAAUACAACACAAGACCAUAGCUGUCAACGGGCUCAACAUCCAUAUAGCCGAAAAGGGUCAAGGCCCACUAGUCUUGUUAGUCCAUGGGUUCCCUGAGCUCUGGUACUCCUGGCGCCAUCAGAUUGUGUAUUUGGCUGAUCAUGGCUACCGAGCUGUGGCACCAGACCUUCGUGGCUAUGGUGACACCACAGGUGCACCAGUCAACGACCACACCAAGUUCACCAUUUUCCAUUUGGCGGGUGACUUGAUUGGGCUUCUUGAUGCCAUCUGCACGAGUGAAGGUGAAAAGGUGUUUGUUGUAGGUCAUGAUUGGGGUGCGUACAUUGCUUGGAUCUUGUGCGUGUUUAGGCCCGAUAGAGUCAAAGCUUUGGUGACCCUGAGUGUGCCAUAUUUCUCUUGGAACCCGAUGGGACACAUGAUUGAUUUGAUGAGAGCUGUGUACGGGCCGGAUCACUACAUGGUCAGAUUUCAGGAACCUGGAGACAUCGAGGAUGAGUUAGCUCGAAUGGAUAGUAAAACAAUUAUGAAAAAGUUCCUAACAUUCCGUGAGCCAGGACCAAUUUAUUUCCCCAAAGGUGAUGGAUUUAAACAUUCCCCUGAUGACGCCGUAGUCACUUUGCCACCUUGGUUAUCAGAAGAAGAUAUCGAAUACUUUGCUAGCAAACUUGACAAGACUGGCAUUUCUGGUGGAGUUAACUACUAUCGAGCCAUUCCUUUGAGCUGGGAACUCAGUGCAUCAUGGGCUGGCGCAAAAGUGACAGUGCCAUCAAAGUUUAUCGUGGGGGACCUGGACUUGGUCUACCAUAUGCCGGGCAUCAAGGAGUACAUUCACAAUGGUGAGUUUCAGAAAGAUGUUCCGCUACUGGAAGAAGUUGUUGUCUUAAAAGAUGCAGCCCACUUCAUUAACCAAGAGAAGCCCGAUGAGAUCAACAAGCAUAUCAAUGAGUUUCUCAAGAAGUUCUGAUUAUCCCGUGUACGUGUUCAGAGCCGGUCCUGGCAUUUUGGAUGCUCAGGGCAAGAUGAUGAAAAAUAUGCCUAUAUCAAAAAUAUUAAAUAACACAACAAAAUGUUAAAUGUUUA